AUGAGUGCAUCAUCGAGCGACGCCUCGAGGAGGGUUUACACCCAUACACACCGACGUUCUUAUGUCAGCCAGAGUGGGCUUGUAGAGGUUUUGAAGAGUGUGAAGGAAAAUGGACUUCCAUCGGCUGUGAGCAGAGGGGCCUUGAAACGUGCAAGGGGGGAUGCCCUGAUGAAUGAGACACCGCUUGGAUCUCUCUUCACGACGACCGCAUUGGAAUGCACAGAUGGGCGGAGUCGAGAGUUUCCGUGCAUCAAUCCACUUGCCUGCCUGUGGAUGGUGCUUCACCAGUGCCAGCGGUUCUCCGAGUGGUUUCAUGGCCUGACGCCCUCAUCCUUUUCCUCUCCCUGGGACUUGACCGUCUGCUGUGACGAGAUCGCCCCUGGCAACGCAUUGAAGCCCACCAACGAAAGGAAGAUUGUCGCAUUCUACUGGAGCAUUCUUCAGUUUGGGCGGUUGGUCCAUGCAGAGGAGCUGUGGUUGCACAUCCUCGUCAUUCGAUCCUCACUUAUGAGGAAGAUUCGGGGUGGGUAUUCCCAGGUCCUUGCAAAGGUUAGCCGGCUGUUUUUUGCGGCACCUUGGGACUUGCGGAUGGGCAUCCAGCUGUCAGUUCCGGGCAUGGGGGAUCGUUUUCUUUUUGGGCGACUCUCUAUGGUCGUGGCGGAUGAAGCUUGCUUGAAGCAGCUCUGGUCUUUCAAAGGAGCUGGUGGGACUAUGAUGUGCUUCAAGUGUUCGAACGUGGUUACUCACAGUUCUCGGCUGGAUGCUUUCGACGCUUCUGGUGUUCUGGUGCCCAGUUGCGUCACCAGCUUGAGUCAGUGCAGACUGCAGACAUGCGAGGCCAUCAAACUUAAUGCCAAGCAUCUCCGUUAUCAGAGCUCAGUGUUGAACAAAACGAGGUUCGAAGAACUAGAGCAAGCCUUGGGCCUGACGUAUGAUCCAUGUGGCGACCUUUGA